AUGGGCCAAUACAACUCUACCACCAACAUUCAAGAGAAUGAACGGACAGUGGUGGUAGGUCUACGACCUCGCUGCUUUGUAGGUUGCAGUGGUCGUUCUCGAGGACGACAAUCGGACAAUUUUUCGAAUGAUGCCGGUCUCGACUCACUGCCAUCUAUGGCAACUUCGUGGACGACUCGACUCUCUCUGGAAGAAUGGCAGUCGUUUAUCGCGGCCAUUCGAAAAUUGGACGAUCGCAUUGGUCCAGAUCCCUUUUUGGGUGUCCUCAUGUUUAUUCCCUUAGUGGGGACACACUGUAUCAUGCUUCCCGGCAUGUUGUGCAAUUGGCUACCCGCUCUGAAACGAGGAAUGGAUGACAUUGCACGCUUCUAUAGUCAACAAUGGCAUGCCACCAAAGGCAUCAGUGUUACUCGAGAGUACAAGAGGGAAGGAAAGAAUAAUAAUGGAGUCCAUUGUAUUCGGAUUGAAGUAAUGCCGCUAUUGGCCCUGCCAGCAGCGACGACUCCGGUCAUUCCAACCUUUGAAAUGACAGCCACAGGACAACAGCAAACAACGUACCAGCUGACACCCGUGGGGGCAACACCAGCAGCAAAUACUGCAACCAUUGAUGCCUGA